CGGCAUCUCAUUAAGCGAGUGUGUUCCUCUCGCCCUGUCAAUAAUCUCCGCUCCCAGACUACUCCGUUCCUCCGGAUUUCGAUCCCCCUUUUUCUAUCUGUCAAUCAGCGCCGCCUUUGAACUGAAAAGCUCUCAGUCUAACUUCAACUCACUCAAAUCCGAGCGGCACGAGCUCCUCCUGUAUCUUCGGCUUCCCCCCCCUUUGCUCUUUAUAUCUGACUUCUUGUUGUUGUUGGUGUGUUUUUUUUUACCCCCCUUUUUUAUUUAUUAUUUUUUUGCACAUUGAUCGGAUCCUUGGGAACGAGAGAAAAAAGAAACCCAAACUCACGCGUGCAGAAGAUCUCCCCCCCUUUCCCCUCCCCUUCUCCCUCUUUCCCCUCCCCAGGAGAAAAAGACCCCAAAGCAGAAAAAAAAGUUCACCUUGGACUCGUCUUUUUCUUGCAAUAUUUUUUUUGGGGGGGGGGCAAAACUUUUUGGGGGUAUUUUUUUUUUUUUUUUUUGCUUUUCUUCCUCCUUCAUUUUCCUUCCAAAAUUGCUGCUGGUGGGUGAAAAAAAUGCCGCAGCUGAACGGCGGUGGAGGAGAUGACCUAGGCGCCAACGACGAACUGAUUUCCUUCAAAGACGAGGGCGAACAGGAGGAGAAGAGCUCCGAAAACUCCUCGGCAGAGAGGGAUUUAGCUGAUGUCAAAUCGUCUCUAGUCAAUGAAUCAGAAACGAAUCAAAACAGCUCCUCCGAUUCCGAGGCGGAAAGACGGCCUCCGCCUCGCUCCGAAAGUUUCCGAGAUAAAUCCCGGGAAAGUUUGGAAGAAGCGGCCAAGAGGCAAGAUGGAGGGCUCUUUAAGGGGCCACCGUAUCCCGGCUACCCCUUCAUCAUGAUCCCCGACCUGACGAGCCCCUACCUCCCCAACGGAUCGCUCUCGCCCACCGCCCGAACCCUCCAUUUUCAGUCCGGGAGCACACAUUACUCUGCGUACAAAACGAUUGAACACCAGAUUGCAAUUCAGUAUCUCCAGAUGAAAUGGCCACUGCUUGAUGUCCAGGCGGGGACCCUCCAGAGCAGACAAGCCCUCAAGGAUGCCCGCUCUCCGUCACCGGCACACAUUGUCCAGUGCCCCCUCCCUUGCUGCACUCAGGGACAUGACUGUCAGCACCUCUACCCCCCCUCAGACUUCACUGUCAGCACUCAAGUCUUCAGGGACAUGAAAAGGAGCCACUCCCUACAAAAGGUUGGGGAGCCCUGGUGUUUGGAGUCGAACAAAGUACCGGUUGUGCAACACCCUCACCAUGUCCACCCUCUCACGCCGCUCAUCACGUACAGCAACGAACACUUCACCCCGGGAAACCCACCUCCACACUUACCAGCCGACGUAGACCCCAAAACAGGAAUCCCACGGCCUCCGCACCCUCCAGAUAUAUCUCCGUAUUACCCACUAUCGCCCGGCACCGUAGGACAAAUCCCCCAUCCGCUAGGAUGGUUAGUACCACAGCAAGGUCAGCCCGUGUACCCAAUCACGACAGGAGGAUUCCGUCACCCCUACCCCACAGCUCUGACUGUCAACGCCUCCAUGUCUAGCUUCCUGUCUUCCAGGUUCCCUCCCCACAUGGUCCCACCACAUCACACUCUACACACGACCGGCAUCCCCCACCCGGCCAUAGUAACGCCAACCGUCAAACAGGAAUCCUCCCAGAGUGACGUCGGCUCACUCCAUAGCUCAAAGCAUCAGGACUCCAAAAAGGAAGAAGAAAAGAAGAAGCCCCACAUAAAGAAACCUCUUAACGCGUUCAUGUUGUAUAUGAAGGAAAUGAGGGCCAAGGUCGUGGCCGAGUGCACGUUGAAAGAAAGUGCCGCCAUCAACCAGAUCCUGGGGCGAAGGUGGCACGCGCUGUCCAGAGAAGAGCAAGCGAAAUACUACGAGCUGGCCCGGAAGGAGCGACAGCUUCACAUGCAGCUGUACCCCGGCUGGUCUGCGCGGGAUAACUAUGGGAAGAAGAAGAAGAGGAAAAGGGACAAGCAGCCAGGAGAGACCAAUGAACACAGCGAAUGUUUCCUAAAUCCUUGCCUUUCACUUCCUCCGAUUACAGACCUGAGCGCUCCUAAGAAAUGCCGAGCGCGCUUUGGCCUUGAUCAACAGAAUAACUGGUGCGGCCCUUGCAGGAGAAAAAAAAAGUGCGUUCGCUACAUACAAGGUGAAGGCAGCUGCCUCAGUCCACCCUCUUCAGAUGGAAGCUUACUAGACUCGCCUCCUCCCUCCCCCAACCUGCUAGGCUCCCCUCCCCAAGACGCCAAGUCACAGACUGAGCAGACCCAGCCUCUCUCGCUGUCCCUGAAGCCCGACCCCCUGGCCCACCUGCCCAUGAUGCCGCCGCCGCCCGCCCUCCUGCUUGCCGAGGCCGCCCACGGCAAGGCCCCCGCCCUCUGUCCCAACGGGGCCCUGGACCUGCCCCCCGCCGCCCUGCAGCCGCCCGUCCUGUCCGCCUCGUCUCUGGCGCAGCCGUCGACAUCUUCCUUACAUUCCCACAGCGCCGUGGCCGUGGCCGUGGCCGGGACGCAGCCCCAGCCGCUGUCCCUCGUGACCAAGUCUUUAGAAUAGCUUUAGCCUCGUCAGCCCCGGUUGGUUUGCGUAGUGUUGCGUUCCGCUUCUGUCCACCCCCCCACCCCCGCCCCCCAUCACCUCCCUCCCCCCCCCCAGAAAGGUUUCGUUUUGUACUCUUUUAAUUUUGUGCCACGUGGCUACAUUAGUUGAUGUUUAUGGAGUUCAUUGGUCAAUAUUUGACCCAUUCUUAUUUCAAUUCCUCCUUUUAAAUAUGUAGAUGAGAGAAGAACCUCAUGAUUCUACCAAAAUUUUUAUCAACAGCUGUUUAAAGUCUUUGUAGCGUUUAAAAAAUAUAUAUAUAUACAUAACUGUUAUGUAGUUCGGAUAGCUUAGUUUUAAAAGACUGAUUAAAAAACAAAAAGGAAAAAAAAAAAGAAGCAAUUUUGAAGCAGCCCUCCAGAAGGAGUUGGUUCUGUAUUAUUUGUAUUAAAUACGAGCUUGCGAACCAAUCAUUUUACAUCUGGUUUUUAAACCAUAAGGGCACGAGGAAUGCAGUGCCGUUACUCUUUUUUUUUUCUCUGUGUGAAACAACUUUAAUUGUGAUGUUACUUGUUAUUGUUUAAAUGUACAGAAACAAAGGGUUAAAUGUGUUAAUAUACCUUGUUCCAUGGUGUUGUUCUUUUGGGGGGAGGGGGAUGCUACUCAACCAUUAAUGGAAUCACAACGCUGUUGGACCAGUAGUAUUUAUUGCUUUAGAGAUUGCUCGUCGAACCUGUAUGUCGUCCCUUUUAAAAUAUGUUUUCCUUUUUCUUGAAACUGUAUAAAGUUUUUUUCCCCUUAGCAUAAGCAUCUUAUAUAUAACAACUCAUUUGUACAAGGUUUUUAAGUUUAUAUAUAAAAUGUGUAUAUAUAUUUUUUUGUUUCUCUUUUCGACUUUUUUUUUUUUUUUUUUUUUUUUUUUGGCUGUAUGAAACCCAGAUGCCGCCAAACGGACAUUAAUAGUUGCAUUUAAGGAUCAGUAGCAUUAACGGAAGUUGCUUUAAAAGCCAUUAUGUAAAACAAGACUUGAAAAUUAGUGAGGGAAUUUUAGCGGACGCUGUCUGAGCAGCAGCGGGAACCACCCUGUUUCUCCUUUGAACUCACAGUCGCCAGCUCUGUGCCCUUAGGACGUGGCCCGACUGUGUGCAAAACUUUAUGUGCCAAAAUUCUCAGUGACUUUAGCUUUCUCCCUCUUUUCGAUGCUGUAAUUUUUGUUCAUCAUGUUUUGCUGUGAUGUUACAUAGGUAGAUUUGUAUGUAGUUUUAAUGUCACCUAUAACAAGACGUGUUUGGUAGCAGAUUGUCCAGAAAGCAUUUUAAAUGAAGAGGUAUCAAACCCUUAGGGGCCAAAAUUCUGUAUAUUAGAUUACUCUUAAAGGAAAAACCAGCUGCCGCUUUUAUGUACACGUAUUCCAUACGAGUAGGUGGCAAACUUUAAAAAUAAGAAAAACCCUAGGCAUGUUGAUGUUGCAAAAUGCUGUAUAAAGCUGACACCUGUUCACUCAGUGCCAUUGUAGUUGACAUGAAGCGAUUGUAAGACUGUCUCCGAUUUUUCUCUGGUUUAUUAAAAUGCUAACUAUAACAUUUUUUGUGAAUACUUUGAAUGUUUCCUAACAGUUGUGAUGUUACCGUUCCGUUUUAUGCUCUUAUUCCAAUUUCAUUUUUAAUGGUUUGGAAGCCAUUUUUGUAAUGAAUAAAUGUUCAUGCUGUACAAUAUCUGUAGCAUGCCGUUCUGGAUUAAUAAAAGCAACUUAGUAUGUGCA